AUGGCCGCAUCCAUGGCUCGCUGUUUAGUUUCUUCUGGAGCUCUUUGGGACGCAGGCGCUUUGGGUAGAGACAUCGCUGCUUCCUUGGCUGCUUUCAAAGCAGCUCUAAGAGCGUCUCUCUUCUUUGGGCCUCUGGGCGAUCGUAAAUCUGACUCUUGGACCCAGAAGGGCGAAGUCCGACGGCCGCAGUCGAAGCCCCCCGGACAAGGCGUCAGGGCCCUUUUCCAGGCGCCACCUGGCACUAUCCGCCCCGUCCGAGAUUAUGCGCCGGCUGAUAGGGCAGCCCCCUACGUUGGCUGGUCAAGGGUGGGCCCCUGUACUAACCGGCGGCCCAGGUGUGCCGAACCUGGCUUCUUUCGACGCUACCACUUCGGCGCGACGCCGCUUCAGGGAGGCGUGUAUCCUGCUGGGAGCAGCACUGGAUAUAGCAGUUCCUGCGGGAAUCAACGGGUGACACCGUACGGGCGCCUGCUGUUAUGGAACCUGGACGCAUUUGCGACGCCUUCGAGUGUUGACGUUGUUCCUUUGUUGUUGAACAGAUAUUCACAACGUGUGCGGCCAGAUGUCGGUGUUUGUCUUUUCUGGAAAGUGGAAAUUGUAACGGAAUUACGCAACGCGUAG